AUAUGUGUUUGUGUGUGUACGUGUCAAAUCGUGUAAAAAUGGCUGACGUUUAUUUUUCUGCUCGUGCUUAUUGUAAAAUUCUUUUACACGCUAUUAAAUAUCCUUAUUGUGCAAUAAAUGGUUUAUUAUUAGCUAAAUCGAAAAGUAAAUCCGAUGCAAAAACAAGUGAAUUACAAAUUGUUGACUGCAUUCCAUUAUUUCACAUAUGUCUACAUGUUUCACCGAUGUCAGAAGUUGCUUUAACUAUGAUUGACCAAUAUGCUUCUCGUAAAGGGCUCGUGAUAGCAGGUUAUUAUUUAGCAAAUGAAAACAUAAAUGAUAUGAGCACGGAUAAACCAGCUCACAGAAUAAUGUCUGAAAAAAUAGCAGAAAAUUUCGGACAGGCUCUCCAAGUUGUUAUUAAUAACAAGGAAAUGACUUAUAAUAUGGAUAUUAAUCCAUUGAGGGUCUCUCAGCACGCAGACGGAAAAUGGAAAUCUAAGGAUAAAGCAGAUAUAAAUUUCGAAGGUGGAAAAACACUAUUUGAAACAAUGGCUUGUCUAAUGAAAGAAGAAGACUUCAAAAAUUUAGUCGAUUUUGACAAUCAUCUUGACAAUAUUGCUUUAGAUUGGCAAAAUUUAAAGCUCAACGAUAGAAUAGAAGAAGUUAUGGAGAAUAAUCAAUAGGUCGGAAAAUUUCACUAAUUUUUUUCAAUUUUAAUAUUAUUCACAAAUAAUCCGUUUUCACGCGUUUUCUCUGUCACCAAUCAAAUGAAAGCCAAUCAAAUGUAAAUACCCUGUAGAAUUUAUAUAUAAAAAAAAUUGUUUCUGUUUUUA